AGUAAUGAGAUUUUGCUGACAGUACCAGAGAUUCCCACCUCUACUAGUCCACGCCAACAGUAUGUAUGUAAGGAAUGAGGUCAGAAAGUGGUUGACGUCUAAUAGUGUGGGCUGACUGAAAAAGAAGACCGCAUCAGGCUUCUGGGCUCAGCGAUUUCCACAGCACUCAGAUUUACCCCGCGUCCCCCGCGAACCCGGAAGGGACAGCCUUCUGGGGGCGGUGUUCAGAAAACGUGGCUCUUCUUGGAUAGGUUCAUGUCAGUCACAGUCAGCUCUCGCGCUCUGACCCCGCCUCGGGGCUGCCCUUUGCUCGGCUCCCGAGUGUUCAGUUUAAAUACCCGAGGACCCUUCACUUGCUCGUCUCCACGCCCUUGGACGGCGGGCUUGGUCUGAUUGGCCAGACCGCCUGUCCGUCAGGAGUGACGCGGGGUUCGCCGGCCCAGGCCCCGCCCUCUUCCGAAAGCCCCGAAAACAAUUUUAAGAUGGCGGCGGCAGCGGCGCGGAAAACAAUGGGCCAGGGGUGUAGGGGAUAGGCCGAGGCCUGAGGCAGGCAGCGAGCGCUGUCCUGGAGUCGGGACUAGCGGGGUCGGAGGAAGACCUGCCGCCGCGCCCGAGCCCGCUCCGCAGCCCGCCGGGGCAUGGCGCGGCCGUGAGCCGCCAGAAGCGGAGGAGCCCGACGUGCCAGCCGGCACCGGGAGGCCCGGGCCCGGCCCGCGCCCCAUGGUGCUGCCCACCUGCCCCAUGGCGGAGUUCGCGCUUCCGCGGCACAGCGCGGUCAUGGAGCGCCUCCGCCGGCGCAUCGAGCUGUGCCGGCGGCACCACAGCACCUGCGAGGCCCGCUACGAGGCCGUGUCUCCCGAGCGUCUGGAACUCGAACGCCAGCACACCUUCGCCCUGCACCAGCGCUGCAUCCAGGCCAAGGCCAAGCGCGCCGGCAAGCACCGGCAGCCGCCCGCCGCCGCCCCGGCCCCGGCAGCCGCUCCGGCCCCCGCGGCCGCGCGCCUGGACGCAGCCGACGGCUUGGAGCACAGCCGUCCGGUCGCGAAAUACUGUUUUCCUUCUUUACCACACUCUCUCCGCCGCAGGACUAGAAGACAGAACACUUGGGUUCUGACCCAGCUGGUCAAGUCUUUUCAUCCCCUCUUUUCUCACCUGCCAGCCUGUAAGGGUCGUCAUCUUCAUGAGACAGUGAAGAGGAAUCUUGACAGCGCUGCCUCCCCUCAGAACGGCGAUCGACAGAAUGGCUAUGGAGAUCUAUUUCCUGGGCACAAGAAGACCCGCAGGGAGGCUCCUCUGGGCGUCAGCGUGUCUGCCAAUGGGCUCCCUCCUGCCUCACCCCUUGGGCAGCCUGAUAAGCCUCCUGGGGGAGAUGCCUUGCAGUCUGGUGGGAAGCACUCGCUGGGGCUAGAUUCCAUCAACAAGAAGUGUCUGGCAGACUCGAGCAUCCACCUGAAUGGAGGAAGCAGCUCCAGUGAGCCAUUUCCUCUGGGUCUGAGUAAAGAGCUCAAGCAAGAGCCAGUGGAUGACCUGCCGUGCAUGAUCGCGGGGGCUGGCGGCUCCGUGUCCCAGAGCAAUCUCAUGCCCGACCUCAACCUCAAUGAGCAGGAGUGGAAGGAGCUCAUUGAAGAGCUGAACAGGUCAGUGCCUGACGAAGACAUGAAGGACCUGUUUACUGAGGACUUUGAGGAGAAGAAGGAUCCAGAGCCCCCUGGUUCUGCCACACAAACCCCCUUGGCUCAGGACAUUAAUAUUAAGACUGAGUUCUCUCCAGCAGCCUUUGAGCAGGAGCAGUUAGGUUCUCCACAAGUGAGGGCUGGGUCUGCAGGACAGACCUUUCUGGGACCUUCAUCUGCCCCUGUAGGCACAGAUUCUCCAAGCCUUGGGAGCUCUCAGACUCUGUUUCAUACCACUGGUCAACCUGGGGCAGACAAUCCCAGUCCAAACCUGAUGCCGGCAUCAGCCCAGGCCCAGAAUGCACAAAGAGCCCUCGCAAGUGUGGUAUUGCCCAGCCAGGGCCCAGGAGGGGCCUCAGAACUGCCCUCUACUCACCAGCUCCAGCAGAUAGCUGCCAAGCAGAAGCGUGAGCAGAUGCUGCAGAACCCACAGCAAGCUGCCCCAGCACCUGCCCCGGGCCAGCUGUCCACAUGGCAGCAGGCGGGGCCCUCCCACAGUCCCUUAGAUGUCCCUUAUCCCAUGGAGAAGCCCACCAGCCCUCCUGGCUAUAAGCAAGACUUUACCAACUCAAAACUGCUCAUGAUGCCUAGUGUAAACAAGAGUUCUCCUCGGCCAGGAGGCCCCUACCUCCCCCCCAGCCACUCAAACCUGCUGAGUCAUCAGUCACCAAGUAACUUGAAUCAGAGCUCCGUGAACAGCCACGGGUCUGUGCUAGACUAUGGCAAUACAAAACCCCUCUCUCAUUACAAAGCAGACUGUGGGCAAGGCGGCCCUGGGUCUGGCCAGAACAAGCCAGCUUUGAUGGCGUAUCUUCCCCAGCAGCUGCCUCAUCUGAGUAAUGAGCAGAACUCCUUGUUUCUGAUGAAACCAAAGCCAGGAAACAUGCCCUUUCGGUCACUGGUUCCACCUGGUCAGGAGCAGAGCCCCUCCAGUGUCCCUGUGCCAGCCCCGACUGCUAGUGUGGGGACCCAGCCUAGCGUGUCUGCGGCCAGCACUCACAGCAGCUCCCAGUAUCUCAGCAGCCAGCAGCAGGCUGCUGUGAUGAAGCACCAGCAGCUGCUCCUGGACCAGCAGAAGCAGCGGGAGCAGCUGCAGCAGCAGCAGUUCCUGCAGAGGCAGCACCUCCUUGCUGAGCAGGAGAAGCAACAGUUUCAGCGUCAUCUGACCCGCCCUCCCCCCCAGUACCAAGACCCAACACAAAGCACCUUCCCACAGCAGGUUGGACAGUUCACAGGACCUUCUGCUGCUGUGCCUGGCAUGAACAACUUGGGUCCAUCCAAUUCGAGCUGCCCUCGAGUGUUCCCUCAGCCUGGGACUCUGAUGUCAAUGGGUCCUGGACAUAGCGCUGUUUCCUCUCUUCCCUCCAGCUCAGGCCAGCAGGACCGAGGAGUGACCCAGUUUACUGGCUCCCAGAGCUUGCCUCAGAACAGCCUUUAUGGCAUGGCCUCUGGCCUAGCCCAGAUAGUUGCUCAGCCCCCAGCACAGGCUACCAGCACACAUGCCCACAUUCCACGGCAAACCCCCGUGGGCCAGAAUGCCUCCGCUCCAGCUGCCUAUGGACAGACCUCUCUGGGGAGUGCUGGCCUCUCCCAGCAGCACAAUAAGGGAACCAUGCCUCCUGGUUUAGCAAAGCCUCAAGUCCCACGGGUGUCAGCAACCAUGGGAAGCCAGAAUGCCUCAUGGCAACAUCAGGGAAUGCCAAACUUGAGCAGCCAGACACCUGCAAACAGCAGCGUGAGCCCCUUCACCACAGCUUCCGGUUUCCACAUGCAGCAGGCCCACCUGAAAAUAUCUGGCCAGCAGUUCUCCCAAGCCAUGUCCAACAGGCCCAUGGCCCCCAUGAGUUCAACAGGUACAGCGGGAUCCUUGCUGCCCCCAGUGAGCACGCAGCAGAGGAACAGUGCCCCUGCCCCUCCCCAAGCAGCCCCACAGCAAGGCCUGCCUGGCUUAAGCCCUGCAGGGCCUGAGCUAGGGGCCUUCAGCCAGAGCCCCACUUCACAGAUGAACAGCCGGGCGGGGCUGCACUGUGCUCAGGCUUACCCUGUGAGGACCAUGGGCCAAGAGCUGCCCUUUGCCUACAAUGGACAGCCAGGCAGCAGUGGGCUGUCCAGUGUGGCUGGACACACUGACCUGAUCGACUCGCUGCUGAAGAACAGGACUUCUGAGGAGUGGAUAAAUGAGUUGGAUGACCUUUUAGGGUCACAGUAAUGGAGAUAUUUGUGGUGUUUAGUCAUCUUACAUUUUUGUUCUCAGAUUCAAGAAAGAGUGACUACUUUGGACCAAAAGCCCAUGGCCCAAAGAAUUGGGCCACAGCUGAGGCCAGCUCUGGUCAGUACCUGCUGGUCCACUGGGCUGGCCCAGCCCAUUGGCAUCACUACCUGGGUUUGGGACAGCAGGAUAGAGGUUUGAAAGGUGGCUUCCUACCCAGACGACCAAAAAAGCCAGUGGGAAUAACUAAGCCCCACCAUGUUGGGCUUAUCAAGAAUAUGUGCCAUGUUUUUUAUCAAGACUUCUCCACUUGCCUCAAGGCUGGGAACAAACUUCUGUUGAAAUUUUAAAUAGGAUUAUUUGCAUUUUAUAGCAUAGAAGUAAUUUUUUAAUUUAAGAUUUUUAAGCAGAUUAGAAUAGGUGGUGGUUGUAUUUGUAAGUGGCACUGGAAACCUAGAGUUUCCUUAUGAGUCAGAGCCUUUUUUAUUUCUGCUCUGUCAGCUUUCACAGUCACUGGGAAUCACUGCCAUAAGUACAGGCUCUGACUGCAGAUGCCAAAAUGGUCAGGAUGCCACAAGAUUGUAGAUCUAGUGGUCCAGAUAAGGUCCCUCCUCAAAGCUCCUCCUACUUCCUGGCUGCCACUCUUGAGGACACUGGCCCCCUCAGAGUCCCCUCCAUGCCCUGGCAUGGCUAAAUGCUGAAGUGGAGAUGUGCAGUCCAGCCUUCUGCUCGUCUCUGACAACCGUAUUUACAGUAGAAGUGCUGCUGUUCCGUUGUGCACGUGGCUUUCCUCCUC